UAUAUAAUCUACAGAUAUUUGCGAUGCAGGUUCUACAGAAGUCUUUUUUGUCAUGGUCGAGGUAGAAUUGUUGAUAGUAUUUUUGUACCUGUAACUAUUCACAACCACGCACCAGAUGCAGAUUUAAAUAUAACAGACCGUUUUCUAAUAAAUUUCGAAGACGCUUGUAGAACACAAUUUCAAAGUUCACAAGCGAUUUACAACUAUCUAUCAAUCAUGUAAGCGGCUAUUGUUCUAUUACAGCUUAUUAAUGUGUUUGAAUGGUUUAAAUUUGUAUGCAUUUAAGACAUCGAGAAGCAGCAUUAAUUUAUUCGUUCAAAAAGUCUUACCACAUAUGAGACGAUGGCGAAACAAUAGAGAUUUCCGGGCUGUUUUAUCUAUCGAUCAGUUACAUGAAACAAUCAAUCAAACUAUAUAUGGCCAGUUGAUGGUUCAUAAUAAUGGCGGAAUACGAAUGCAAAUAGUUUGGACAAAUAUAAUGAAUGAAAUUGUUGGAGCAACUUUCACAGAUAAUCAACUAUCUUCAAUCAUCACUACAAAUAAUGAACCACUUUUCAUUACGAUAAAUCAAUCUCACAUUCCACACGCGAUGAAUAUUGUUCCAAAUUUAGCGAUAAUUGUUAAACAUCGAAAUUAUGUAAGUUUGCCAUUAGUUUUGUUUGAUAAUGUGUUUGAUUUUGUGAAAAAAGAUGGAGUUAUGUGUAACAUAAAUAUGUGUAAAAUACCACACAUGUAGAUUAUGCUCCUGUCAAAUUAUAUUACAAUUUUAACGAAAAUGUCUACCUGAUCUUAAAAAACGUAUUCGAUGAUGAAACAAUGUUGAAAGGAAAAUUUUAUUCACAUUGGAAUAUAUGUUAAUUUGGUAUGAAGUAAGUAAAAUUUUCUGUCAUUGAAAAAUAGGUUAUUUGAUGAUGUCGUUUUAUCUUAGAUAAUUCUUGAAAAAGCAGUAACAUUAAAUAUUGAG